UUCCCAAAGAGAGACGACUCAGAAUCCAAAACACAUUAACAGCGAAGGGAGAAGAAAGACGAUUUCCAGGAAAACCACGAAGCUAUGGCGGACCAACUCACAGACGAGCAGAUCUCCGAGUUCAAGGAAGCCUUUAGCCUCUUCGACAAAGAUGGCGAUGUUUCUUCGCUUUUCGUCUAUUGUUAAAAUCGAUUAUAUCGCCUCGUUGAUGUCCUGCUUCGACGAUCUGUGUGAGCUUGGAUCUGGAGUUUA